AUGGCCGCGAUCGGGGACAAGCGGAAGCGCUUCCUCGGCGCGGGAAACGAUGCCAUGGAGGUCACGUCACUCGUGCGAUCGCGCGUCGCGCUCCCCACGACGAGAUCCGACUGCGGCCCCGACGGCGACGUCAAGUAUCCGCACCAUCCCUCCCCUGGGACGAUCUGGACCUCGUCUCGGCUCGCGCUGCAGAACGACGCGACCGCGUCGCGGUGCGUCGCGUUCGUCGCGUCCGCCGGGGAGGUGUUCCGGCACGCGGUGCCGUUCGCGGGGGCGGGCGAGCGCGUCGAGGAGGGCAAGGGAUCGCUGCUGAAGUCCACGACCGUGGACGACGGCGUCACGCGCGUCGUGCGCUGCGUGAAGCACGCGUCGGAGAUUCAGUCGCUGGCGCUGUACGACCCGCCGGACGGCGGCGACGUCGUCCUCGCGAGCGUGGACGCGUACGGCGGAGGGUUCGUCACGACGCUUCGUCGCGGCGGCGGCGACGACGACGGCGAAUGGAGCGGCGACGCGCCGGUGCGGCAGUACGCGCUCGCGCCGCACGAGCCCGCGGGUCCCGGAACGUCCGUCCCCGGGUGGGCGGGCGCGGCGUUCGACCGCGACGGCGACGGCGGCGUCCUCGCCGUCGCGCGGCAUUUCGACAAAGCCGUCGACGUGUAUGAAAACGGGAAGCGCGCGCGGACGUUGCGAACGACGCUCUGCCCGCGCGCGGUGUCCUUCGCGCGGGAUCCGAACCGGCGCGGGGGGAUUCGAACCGGCAGCAGCGCCGACGGCCCGCCGCUCCUCGCCGUCGCGGAGGGGAACCACGUCUCGCUGUGGGACGUCCGCGCGCGAGAGAAGGGCGGCUUAGGUGCGUUCUACUGUAUACACUGGUUCCCAUACGACCGCGUCGGCGUGGUGAACGCCGUUCCUUAA